UCUUUUAGGGGCUUUGGGAAGAUAGUCACAUGCUAUUAUGUAGUGCUCAAUGUGGAUAUUGGAUGCGCAGGGGCUUUUUGAGCCCCACAGCUGGGGACUCCUUUUCACAGUUCCGUUUUGCAGAGGAGAAGGAAUGGGAUAGUGAAGCUUCAUGUCCCAAACAGAAUUCAGCACUGUAUGUGGAUAGUGUGUCACUGGUCCGGGCCCUUCAAGAACUGCCUCUGUCACUUCGACUCAAUGUGGCUGCUGAGCUGAUCCAGAACACAGUUCCUUUAGAGCUUCCUCAGGUGAAACCAAAGAGAACCGAUGAUGGCAAGGGACUAGGAAUGCAGUUGAAGCGGCCCCUGGGGCCUGGAGGAAGGGGCCCCAUCUCAGAGCUGAGAUCUUCUACUGCUGGCUGCCCUGGGUCCCUCGAAAAAGACAGCCCAAGGCCUGGUCCUUUAGGAGCUGCACAGAAACCUGAUUCCCCACUGCAGUCAGCAGCAGACCAUUUGGAAGAAGAACUAGAUCUGUUGCUUAAUUUAGAUGCGCCUGUAAAAGAGGGAGAUGACAUCUUAGGAGAAGAGAUGUCUCAGGACCUGAAAUCUGAGCAAGAUGGAGAGGCGGCACAAGAGGAACAAGUUCCCGCAAAGCCAUCUGUGACUGAAGAAAAGAACGUAGAAUCUGAGCCACCAAGUACAUCUAAAAAUGUUACUGAGGAAGAGUUGGAAGACUGGCUGGACAGCAUGAUUGCCUAAAAACAAAAGAAAGUGCGUGAAGCGAACGUUGGUGGCCUUUUCAGUGCAGGUGGGCAUCAGGCUGUCCUUGGGGCCAGUCCUGUCACCAGCACGCCCCCAGCUGGAGCAUGCAUUACGCUUUCAGCAUCAGCCACCUCUGCCUGACAGCAUCUGGAACAGUACUCCUACAUGGGGCUCACUGCUUUUGUUCUCUGGCUUAGUAAACUAAUAGAUUUCCUUAAGGCAGGGUGUUGCCCCAUGUUUCCAGCUUCCAUCUCCUUGAUGUUUACAGCAUAGCAGGUGCUGCUUACUAUGAGAAUUCAUGUGUACAACAAGGCACACAUUUGGCCAAAAUAAACAUUCUCUGGUCUAUGGA